CGUGAGGGGGGGGCGCGAGCCUCAGCCGUCCAGCUUCGCCUUAUUCUGCACAGUUGUCAUCCACAGACCCCCGUCCCCAAAUCCUUCCUGUACAGACAGAUCUUUGUAAUUUCACCCGACAGUUACGCAUUAGGGAUAUCUGAUCAAAUCCGAGCUGUCCUGACCUCCUGUCUCUUUUUUUCAGGUUUCUGUUUAAUUGAUGUGACAGCUCGUUUUGUGGGGGGGUGGGUCUAGGCGCCGGUAUGAGCGGCGGAGUGUACGGAGGAGAUGAGGUCGGGGCUCUGGUGUUUGACAUCGGCUCGUUCUCCACCAGGGCGGGCUACGCUGGCGAGGACUGCCCGAAGGCGGAUUUCCCCACCUCCCUGGGAGUGCUGGCCCAGGAGGAAGGGGGCGCGGAGCUGGGGGCGGACAAGGAGAAGUCGUCAGGACGCACGUUCUACAUCGACACCAACGCCUUGCACGUGGCCCGCCCCGGGGUGGAGCUGGUGUCCCCGCUGAAGAACGGCAUGAUUGAGGACUGGGAGAGCUUCCAGGCCAUCCUGGACCACACGUACUGCAAGCACGUCAAGUCAGAACCCAGCCUGCACCCCGUGCUCAUGUCAGAGGCUCCUUGGAACACGCGAGCCAAGAGGGAGAAGCUGACGGAGCUGGUCUUUGAGCACUACAAUAUCCCAGCCUUCUUCCUGUGCAAGACCGCCGUGCUCACCGCGUUUGCUAAUGGCCGAGCGACAGGUCUGGUAUUGGAUAGUGGUGCCACACACACUACCGCCAUCCCCGUGCAUGAUGGGUAUGUUCUGCAGCAAGGUAUCGUGAAGUCACCCCUGGCUGGAGACUUCAUCACCAUGCAGUGCAGAGAGCUGUUCCAGGAGAUGAACAUCGAUAUCAUCCCUCCUUACAUGAUCGCUGGCAAGGAGCCUGUGAGAGAGGGAGCGCCUCCCAACUGGACGAAGAAAGACAAACUUCCUCCGGUCACAAAGUCCUGGCAUACCUACAUGUGCAAUGAAGUGAUCCAAGACUUCCAAGCCUCCGUCUUGCAGGUGUCAGACUCCCCCUACGAUGAACAGGUGGCUGCCCAGAUGCCCACAGUCCACUUCGAGAUGCCCAGUGGAUACACCACUGACUAUGGUGCCGAACGGCUACGGAUUCCAGAGGGUCUCUUCGACCCCUCCAAUGUCAAGGGCCUGUCAGGAAACACCAUGCUGGGAGUAGGUCACGUCAUCACCACCAGCAUUGGGAUGUGUGACAUCGACAUCAGGCCUGGUCUGUACAGCAGUGUGAUCGUAACCGGUGGCAACACGCUGCUCCAGGGCUUCACCGAGCGUCUGAACCGCGAGCUGUCCCAGAAGGCCCCCCCGAGCAUGCGGUUGAAGCUCAUUGCCAGUAACAGCUCCAUGGAGAGACGCUUCAGUCCCUGGAUCGGCGGCUCCAUCCUCGCAUCCCUGGGCACAUUCCAGCAGAUGUGGAUCUCCAAGCAGGAGUACGAGGAGUGGGGAAAAGAGAGUGUGGAGAGGAAGUGUCCCUGAGCCGUCCACCCCCCGAGCUGCUUGUCCACCACACCCACGGUCCUGCGUGUGACAGCGAGAGGGACAGGGUCCCUCCCUGCUGGAGGAAACACAUCACCAUGCAAAACAAUGGCCAUCUUGUCCAUCUCACCACCUCUCUCCCUGGACUCUCCCCUCUCAUUCCUACUCCUCCCUCUGUUGGUGCUCCUCCUUCCCCCUCCUGGUCUCUAACUCUACCCUUCUCUCACCCCCACCUGCCCUGACCCGUCCACCCCAUCGGUCAGUCCGGCUCUGUGUUGUGAGCGUCUGCUGUCCAUCUGCUCGCCCACAUGACAAGAGCAUAGCAUCACAAAAACACACGUAUCAAUAAAAGAUGAAAGCGUCUGUGAGA